AACCCAAACGACUACAAAUACUCAAAUCUGGAUGAAAUAUUAAUAGAUUUAGUCCAUGCACGAAGAGCCUUGUGGGACUACACGAUUCCCGUGAAGAACAGGACAAAGCUGAAAAAAGAUGCUCUUUGGCAAGAGAUAGAAAACAUACUUGGAUCGUUAACUGUGGCGAUGGCUAAACAAAAAUGGAAGCAACUGCGUGACUCAUAUAUUAAAGCCAGAAAGAAAAUGCAAGGCUAUGUACGCAGCGGCUCUGGGGCUGAAGCUGCACAUCCACCGAAAAAUUCGUUCUCUCAUUACGAGAGAAUGAGGUUUCUCGAUGAUACUGUAUCUACAGUGCCGACCAUCAACUCUCUGCAACACCUUUUGCCAUCAUCAUCAACCAGUUCCGAUUAUUUUAAAGAUUUCGAUGCGAAUGUCUCCGUAUCAGCAUCGUGUUCAACAUUGGAUAGUGUUGAAUAUGACACUAAGUCAUCUGACAACCGCAGUGAGUCCAAUCGCCACAGCACCUGUUCAUCGCCUAAGAACAAUAAAAAAAAAACCAGUACUAGUAUGCAACAGAUUACGGUCUUCAUCGCGCAUUAUGGAGUACAUCUUUUCACGUGCUGA